AUGUCACCAGCUUCUUCCACGGGUGCGCCUCAGCGGCCUAUGAGCGCAAUGGUUCGUCCGGCUCCGAGAAGCAAUAGUCGCAUGAGUGCUGGUAGCAAGACAGGUGGUAGCCGUGCUUCGGACGAAGACACACGCACGUCUGUCAAAGUCGUUGUUCGCGUGCGUCCGCCUCUGAAGCCUACCGACCCCGGCUACGAUUUGAUUCCCCAACGUUUUCAACGGUCCAUGGUCCAUUUGAUGUCCGACACGAGCCUGUCGAUCGACUCACCACAAGGCCGCAAACUUUUUGUUUUUGACAGGGUUUUCGGUCCCGAGGUGACGCAGAACGGCGUUUGGGAGUAUCUGGACGACUCUGUUAAUGCCUUCACCAUGGGCUACAAUGUCUCCCUUCUUGCUUAUGGCCAGUCUGGUGCUGGAAAGUCUUACACCAUGGGAACAUCUGGGCCGAUAGACCAAGACAAUCUGGAAAUUAUGGGCGUCAUCCCGCGAGCCGCUGCAGCGCUGUUCGAAAAGCUGGAUGGCCCAAAAGGCACCACGAACCGCGCCUCGUUGUCCCAUAUGCGCGCUCCCAGAGGCUACGGCCAGGCCGCCCCGAAAACAGACAAGACCUGGACUCUCAUGGCGACGUAUGUGGAGAUCUACAACGAGCAGCUUCGCGACCUACUACUUCCUGAGCAUGUUCCGGUUCAGGAGCGCGCGAAUGUCACAAUUCGUGAAGAUGUCAAAGGCAACAUCCUUCUCACGGGCCUCCACCAGGUAGAGAUCUGCUCGGUUGAAGACCUCAUGAACGCCCUCAACUUUGGAUCUACUCUUCGCCAAACCGAUGCUACCGCUAUCAACGCCCGGUCGUCGCGGUCGCACGCCGUCUUCAGCUUGAACCUAGUCCAGCGGAAAGCAGGCACCCCGGGAGCUAAGAACGAGAAACGGAUGUCUGUUCCAUUGGAAGCCAUGUCAGGCACCGAAUCCUGGGUCACCAUUGACAGCAAGCUCCAUUUCGUUGAUCUGGCCGGAAGUGAACGCCUGAAGAACACGGGAGCACAGGGCGAGCGUGCCAGGGAGGGAAUUUCUAUCAAUGCCGGCCUCGCAGCCCUUGGAAAGGUUAUUUCCCAGCUUUCGUCUCGGCAGCCAGGCGCCCACGUGUCCUACCGGGAUUCCCGCUUGACUCGUUUGCUGCAGGAUUCCUUGGGUGGCAAUGCAAUCACUUACAUGAUUGCGUGUGUUACCCCCCCGGAGUUUCAUCUCAGCGAGACACUCAAUACGGUGCAGUAUGCACAGAGGGCCCGGGCGAUCCAGAGCAAGCCACGGAUCCAACAGGUUGAAGAGGGCGACAAACAGGCAAUUAUUGACCGCCUGAAGGCGGAGGUCGCCUUUUUGCGAGAGCAGAUUCGCAGCGCAGCUUCUGGAGGGACUAGUGGAGAACGGCGCGUACUAUCAACAAAUGAGCGUUCCGAUCGUCCAGGAGAACGGGAGGUGGAAUUGCAGAACGCCCUACUGGAUGCACAGGAAAACUACACCACCCUGAGCCAACGACACUCCCGACUCAUUGCUGAGAUGGCCAAAGCGCGAGACAACGAGGUGGCCGAGAAUCAGCUCUUGCUUGAUGCUGGGGGUGACAGCGCGUCUGCACGAUUAAACAGAUCCAACAGCUUCGCCCAGGCAGUCGAGCAGGUCGUUUUAGAAUACGAAAAGACGAUUCAGUCACUGGAGCAGUCACUUUCCAGCACUCGGGCGACUCUUUCGGGUACAGAAACAAGCCUGUUGGAAAAGGAAACGAAAUGCGCCUACGUCGAGACCAUCAAUUCUCAGCUUCAGGCCCGGCUGCAGAAGCUCACGGACCGAGAAGCCACCACCGAGAACUAUCUGCACGAUCUCGAGUCCAAGCUGGACGGCCACACGUUCGGCGAGGAAAGAAAUGCCACCAUUGUCAUCGAGCUGCGCAAAGAAAUCUCACGCAUUCGCGAGAAUGAGGCCACUUGCGAAGAUUAUAUCUCCACCCUCGAAGAGCGCUUAGCUGAAGCCGACCAAGACGCCGAACUGAUGCAGCGUGAAAUCGACCGCCUUGAACAGGUGGUCGAACGGCAACGCAGUCUCGGCAAGCUCGACUCUCUCUUGUAUGAACUCGAUAACAUGCAGCAGCAGGACGGCCGGUCCGAGACGCCUGCUGGUAUGGCCAGCGGUGCCGGUGCGAUGGAAGACUCCGUGGCCAACGGCAACGGUAUGGGCCAUCGGCGCACCGCUAGCCGUAGCAUCGCAGAGCACUCGCGCAGCCAGAGCCAUGUCAGCCGUAUGAGCCACAACACCGACGUCAUUCCCGAGGAAGAAGACGAUGGAUACGAUGACAAUUACGACAACGACAACGCCGCCGAGAACGAGAAUGACGAGGUGGGGAAUCAAACCUUCGGAGAGGCAGAAGAAGCCGAAGAUUCAGUUGAGGCACAGCUCUCUCGCUUGCCUCGUGGCGCUGCAGCACGUUCGGAAGGUCGUCUGAAUAAUUACCAGGAUAGCCAAGCGCAGUCUAACUUUGUUUCUGACAAGUUGGAGUCGGUGAGCGAGGAGCUCGUUGGCUUGCGUGUCGAGCAUGAGGCGACUCUGAAUGAGUUUGAGCUCCUUCAGGCUAAAUACGAAAAGGCGCUGCGGACGCUUGCAGAGUUGCAAGACUCGGUAGAUGAAUCCGGGCUCCCAAGGGAUGUGGCGAGAGAUUCGUUGGAGUCUGCGACCGACACAGCCCACACGGCACAAACAAGACCGUCGUCGUUCUUCUCCGAUGCAAGGUCUAAUGACGCAAAGAACGGGCGACACGUUUCGUCAACACGGUCACUCUCUUCUGAGCUGUCGUCAGCGAUGGAGUCCCCGGCUACGGUUGACCAUUCCGAUGCUGAAACUCUGUCCCCCAGGAAGGAGUUGCGGAACGCCACGUCCUUUCCUGGGGUUGGGGUGGGUGGUGUUUCGACCAAGCAUGGCACUGGGGAGAGUAACGACGGGGCCCUUGAGGCUGAGCUGCAGCAUUUGCGUGAGCUGGCCGCCAAGAAAGAGGAAGCUGAAAAGGAGCUAGCGCACAGAUAUGCGGAACUGGAAAUGCAACAUCACCAAACGUUGGACGUGGUGGAGGAACUGAAAACGGAGGUGGCAAAGGCUCAACAAGCUACCGAAGUCACGUCUCCUCGAUCCAUCACACCUGUCAUCCGCCGCAAGUCCAGCCAGAAUGUUUUGAAUGUUGACCGGGCUCACCGGUCGUUUGCGUCUCUACGGAACAUCGCUGCCGAUAACUUUUCACACAACCCUGAUAUGAUGCAAAACUUCGAAAUAAAUCUCAACGCAGCCAUGCAUGAGCUACAGGCCAGGGCAGAGCGCAUCCAAGAACUAGAGGCUGGCGUGGCAGCAGCGAAGAGGGAGAUGGAAACGAAGAUGACAAUCAUUUCCGGCUUGACCCGUGAACGCUCGAGUUUGAAGACUUCUCCAAUGGACAUUUCCCUGACGUCCACUCUACGAGACCAGCUUGAAAAGAACGAGCAGCAGUUGAGAGGAUUGCAGGAAACCUACGGCAAACAUGAACGGGAGUUGCAGGCGGAACUCCAGACGCUGCGUGCAGCCAUGGCUGGGGAUAACUCGGCUACGGUGCAAGCCCACGUCGACAAGACCCGGGGUCUUGAAAAAGAUCUGGCGAACUGGGAGACGAAGCAUCAGACAGCGCUGGAAGCGUUCAACGGCAAAGAGGAGCAGAUGAAGAAGCAGGUUGUUGAGCUUGAGGCCCAGCUUUCGCAUGUUCAGGCUCAGCUGGCAGAGGCUACGGCGACUAUUGCCUUUGCUGAAGGCGAGGAUCCAGCACAUGCCGACUCCAAGGUACUGUUACUGCAACAGCGCAAGCAGCAAGAGCAGGUCCAGAUGCUGCGUACGGAGGUGGACGAGUACAAGGCCAUUAUCAACAGCAAUGCGAGCAAGGUGGCCGAGCUUGAAACCAACUACGCGUCUGCAAAGGCGCAGCUGGAGGAGGCUAUCAAGGUUCGUGAGGCGGCGCUCGAUGAGGCCUAUGUGCACAAGACGCUGGUAUCGCAGCUGGAGGAAAGGAUUGGCGACCAAGAAAGGGCUCUGGCUAGCCACGAAGAGAACCUGGAAGCACUUCAGGCCGGCCACGCCGAUGACCUUGAGAAAGUGAGAGAAGCGUCGCGGAAUGAGUACGAUGCGGAGAUACAGCUUCUCAUGACGGAGCAUGCAGAGAACAUUCGCAUUCUGGAGAGCGAUCUGACAGAGGCGCGCGAAGACUUGAUGAAAGUGGCGGCCAAGGUCGCGUUUGCUCUCGGACUUGACGUCAGCGUGGAGAAGGUCGCAGAACGUGUUGACAGUCUUGUGUCGGUGAAGAAAUCGUUCACGGCAGAGCAGGCGAAGACGGCGGAGCUCCAGGAGACUGUGGCAGAGCUGACGAGUAUCAGCGACUCGGUAAUGCGCGACCUAGAGGCCGUUCGCUCGGUUUUGACCGUCAUGCUCGGUCCCGACGCCGAGCUGGUUCGGAAGCCCGGUGCGACUGUGGCGGACCAGAUGGCCGUUGUGCAAAAGCGCCUGCACGACCUGGAGACGAGGAACAAGAAGAACUCGCGCCUGGUCGACGAGCUAGAGGAGCAGCUGCAGACAAACUUUGAUCAGGCCCAGAUGACAACCAACCGGCUGUCUGUUCUGCAGUCUGAGCGCAACCAAAAAAUCGAGGAGGCUAACUCUGCGAAGAGCCGGAUCCAGUCGGAGCUGGAGGCAGUCAAGGAGGAAUACGCAGCAUUGAAGGCUCGCUUUGACGGGAUUACGUCAGCCGAUGGCGCACCACAGCGGUCCAACUCGACCAACUCGCAGCUGCGGGCAAGCUCAUCGGUGGGAUCGCUUCCGUCGCCUCCACCAGCCAUCCCGCUGCCACCUCUUCCAGGCUCCACCUCGCCACCGUCGACGACUGUGGUGCCAUCGACACCGACAACUUCAGGACGGCCACCAAGCAAGGACAUUGCGCUCCAGCAGAUCCAGCAGGACCAGGAGGCGCGCAUCCGGACGAUCGAGAAGCACCUGGAGGCGGAGAAGCAACUGACCCAGACGCUGGAGGAGGCGCUGACGGACUUGGAGGACCAGUCUAAUAAGAUGAAGACGGACUGUGAGGCGUGGCGUCGGCGCUGCACAGAUUUGGAGGCCGAGAUUAAGGAGCUCAAGGAGCGUCCGUCACAGGACAACCGGUGGAGCCUGCACCAGGUGGAGGAGGAGCGCAAGAAGCGGCGCGAUGCCGAGAUUGCUCGUGCUCAUCUGGAGGAGCGGAUGAAUGCGAUCAGCAAGAAGAAGAAGAAGGGCAGCCUGAACUGCUUCUAA